AUGCGUUUCGCUACCCUCGCCCUUUUCUCCCUCGUCUCGACGGUCUUUGCUGGAAACUGCGGACCCGAGAACAAGAAUGCCAAGUGCUCUGCUUCUGAGUGCUGCUCCCAGUACGGAUGGUGCGGAACCACGAAAGACCACUGCGAUGCCAAAACCUGCCUCAAGAACUUCUCGGGCGCGUCAUCACAGUGUAAAUCCGGGGGUUCUAGCACUCCCCCUCCCCAGGGUGGACAGAAUUUCCCCGCCACUGUCCCAGAGAUCGAUGUCUGCGGUCAUGCUGAGAACGGUGUGAGCUGCCCUGGCGCAGGAACCAACGGCUACUUCUACCGCUGCUGCAGCUCAGCUGGUCACUGUGGUCCCAAGAACGACAUCCAAGACCAAGGCAUUUACUGUGGUGCCGACUGCCAAGGUGGCUUCGGAAAAUGCAACACCAUGGCCAAGCCCCCCGUCCCUGCUCAGGCCCCUGGCAUUGCUCGAGCUGGUGAAACCUGCGGUCCCAUUGUCAACAAGAAGUGCGCGGAUAACCUUUGCUGCUCGGGCUCCAACUUCUGCGGAACCGGCGAGGACUUUUGUGGCUCGAACAACUGGUGCCAGAGCAAGUGGGGAAAGUGCAACUAG